AGAUGAGGCUGUGUCGACUACAUUCUCGAUUCUCACCAAUUUUCUUGGGACCCGAAAGGCCCCAGUACCUAAUUUGUCCCACAAAUGUGAAGUUUUCUUCCAGUUUUGAAUUCCACCAAUUAAAAAUCCGGAACACACGCAGAAACGUUGUGUAUAGCAACGACAGUACACCAAAAAGUAAUGCUUGCACUGGCCUGCCCAUUGGGCUGUUUGUGGCUAAUAAACACUGUAGUGCCGGGUUGUCAAAUUCACGCAAAUAAUCGCUUUUCAUGACUGCGCACGCCCCUUCAGACUUUGUAUUAGAUGGAAGAAGAAAAGUAACGAGCGACGCUUUCAGCGUUCCGUUGAUGUAUCUUCGUAAUAUACCAUCUUUGUGGUCGAUCAGCUGAUCUAGGAAUGUCCGCGUUACAAAACAUUAGAAAUAGCCUACAGUAGUGUAAUUUCAAAGCAGAUACAGAGGAGCGUGUUGUCAACCUCAUAACUUGAUUUAACUGGAUAGUCACCGGAAUAUGUCAACCAAUGGAUCCUGCUGCAACUACAGCUCCGAUGCAGACCGAGUGUGAGACAGAGUCUUUUUAAUUGUCAUUCACUGGAGAGAAGAGCAGCUGUGAGUGACACUCCAUGGUCAAGUUCAGUCUGGAGCUGGUGGCCUUCCUGGCGUCCAACCUCCAUGUCUCUUUUGAAGACUACAGAGUCCAAGAUUCUUGCUUGUAUUCAGAAUGACUUAUGGGCUAGGUUUGUGACUCUACCAAACCAGGAUCGAAUAUGGACUCUGACCCUCGCCAACAAGGUGGUGCACAAACCUCCAGAACAAGCCCCAAAGACUCCCCUGGUGAUGGUCCACGGCUUUGGAGGAGGGGUAGGCCUGUGGAUCAGGAACCUAGAGACACUGAGUCGGUCACGGCCUGUUUACGCCUUUGACCUCCUGGGCUUUGGCAGGAGCUCCAGGCCUCCCUUCCCCUCCGAUGCUGCCAAGGCAGAGGAGCAGUUUGUCAACUCUAUUGAGCAGUGGAGACAGUCUGUAGGCCUGGAGAACAUGAUUCUGCUGGGACACAGUCUGGGGGGCUACCUGGCUGCCUCCUACGCCAUCCAGUACCCUUCUAGAGUGUCACAUCUUAUCCUGGUAGACCCCUGGGGUUUCCCUGAGCGACCCCAGACACAGACCCAAGAGGGUCAAGGUCAGGGGACAGAGGUGGCGAAGAGGCCGCCCCCUCCACGCUGGGUGAAAGCUAUUGCAGCAGUGGUUUCCCUCUUCAACCCUCUGGCUGUCAUUAGAGCAGCAGGCCCAUGGGGUCCGGGCUUGGUGAACAGAUUUCGUCCUGAUUUCAAAACGAAAUUUGAAGAUCUGUUUGAUGAUGACACUAUGACACAGUACAUCUACCACUGUAACGCACAAACCCCGAGUGGUGAGGUGGGUUUCCGGGCCAUGUCAGAGUCACUGGGCUGGGCCAAGAGGCCCAUGCUGCAGCGGAUUCACCUGCUGCCCCCCUCCAUGCCCCUCACCAUGCUGUAUGGAGCACGAUCCUGGGUGGACAGCUCGUCUGGGGACAGAGUAGUCCAGAUUAGGGAGCAGGCCCACACCAAAGUGCUGCUUAUAAAUGAAGCCUCUCACCACGUGUAUGCUGAUCAACCAGAGGAGUUCAACAGAGUGGUGGAAAAUAUAUGUAAAUCUGUUAACUGACAGUGUGUGUGUGUGUGUAUGUGCAUAAAAGGACUGAAAGUAAAUAGACAAUUCAUGGUGUUUUUAGCACUGUAACCUCUGCAUGUGAAGCAUGCUGGAUGGUUUUGCGGUGGGGCAUAUCGAGACAUCAUGUAGCUCAACGUGAGUGUGAAUGUAAUUUUGCUCUGAAUCCUGUUCUCAUAGUAACAAGUUAAUAUUAUUGUAGUAACGUCCUGUCAUUUUUUAGCUGAUAUAUGCUUUUUUCAAUUUAGUAUUGUUGGUAAAUGAUGUAUUUAUAACAUGAUUAUGUGUUCAUACAGAGUAAUAAUUGAUGUUAAUAUGUUGCCCAUUGUUAUAGUUUUAACAGUAAGUGAAACACGCACACUGCUCUGGAUGCACUGGGUGUAUGUGUUACAGAGCAGCCACAUGGCCAUUGAGUUACUUUUUUUACAUGAACCAUUAAGUACUGCAAUAUUUUUUUCUUUGAUCCCUGCCAGUCUCUUACAUCUUUCCCAUUGUAUCAAACAGCUGUUUAUAUUUUAUACCUUGAAAACAUUAAAAAGCUUAUUAGACAAAC